AUGUUUGCAUUUGGCAGCUCCUUACCCAAGAACAAAUUUAGCGAGUCAGAAGAUAACAAGCUUAGACAUGCAGUAGAACAAUACGGUACUAAUAAUUGGAAAGCUGUUUCUAAAUUAUUAAACGGAAGGAAUGCCAGACAAUGCAAAGACAGAUGGGAGAAAUACCUCUCCCCAAAUAUCAAUUGGAAGCCAUUCUCUCCAGAAGAUGAUUUGUUAAUCCUUAAAUGUUAUAACCUUUACGGUCCAAAGUGGAUGAAGAUUUCCAAGCACUUCCAGGGCAGAACAGAUAUUAGCAUCAAAUCCAGAUAUUUACUCCUUCAAAGACAUGGAGAAACAGUUGAGAAAAUUGAAACAGCCCUUAAUUCUCCUGUUGAAAACAAAUCUGAGCAAGUUCAAGCUCAAACCACUUCAACUGACGAAAGUGAAAAUGAUAACUCCUUCCAAAGUAUAUCUUUUGAAGAUUUUAAUACGGAAUUUAUGUUUGAUUUUCCUGUUUAUUAA